AUUUUAAACGAUUUGCCUGCGAUGAACAUUUAGGCACAUAAUAUGGUAAGAAUAGGCAACGUAGUUCGUGGAAACAGCAAACUCAUCAUGAGACGAUCAAAGACAAGCGUUCAGCUGAAGACUAACGCGCAAAAAAAAGCUGGCAUGAGGUCACCCAACAUCUUGGGCACCACAUGCACCAAAGACGAUCUUGCAAGAAGAAGUUUGCACACAGCACACAACGAAAGUCCAAAUCGGAGGCGAUCAAUCGACUGCACAUAUCACAUAUGGAAAUUAUCAAACGCUUCAGAGGGAAUGAACAAUCUCAAAAUAAUUGACGUCCCGUUGACGGCGAGGGACAGCACUAGAAAAUCAACUAAUAUAUUUCCACCAAUUUCUAAUAAGUCAUUGAGAAAUCCAAGACUCCUAUCGGCAAAAUCCACAAGCUCGAAAAAUUCACCUCGAAAACAAGUUCCAAACGGCAUCGACUAUCCCAAUAAGCCUGAAAACAACAAUAUUAAAGUAAAUGAUUUUAUGGCGUCGGAACGAGACAACUAUAAUGAUUUUUGCCAUGGGUUGCCAAAUGAUACAAAACAACCUUUGUCUGACUCAAGACAUGAAAGUAACAAAGCCGUAUUCACUUUUGGCAACAAGAAAAACGACGCGGCAGCAAACCGCUCUUCUCACAUGAGAACCUCCAAAUUAAAGGCGUCUAGUUUACAUUCACGUUCAAGUGAAGGCAGUUGUAAUUCCACGGCGUUUAGGGCAAAAUUUGCUUCCAGAAGGAGACUUUCAUUACCCGUGAAUCCCACAAUUCCAAGCUCAUUACUUGUUCCUGGAAAAAGUCGGGAGUUCCACAAAGCUAUCAAAGAGCUCUCGAGACAGACUGACGACUCAAAUGGGAGAUUAAAGAGAUCUCAAACAGUUACUAGCAUAAUGUCGCAGUCUGAUAAGUUAAGCACACUGCUGUCGUCAAGCACGACAAGAGACGCAAUGAGUUCACAUCCAAUUUCGCCCGUCAUCCGACGUGACUCGCUGCAGCGAAUUGAAGAAAUUCCUACAGAACUCCAAGGAACGCCGGUGUUUUCCAUAAACGAAAUUCCCACAAGGGAGAGCGAUCUAGGGAGUGGUGCUAUGUCCUUGUCGCGUAACAAUUCUCUAUCUUUUAUUAAUGAAGAUACACCAUACUAUAACUCUGCGGAUAUUAAUACCUCAAGUGGAGAUGAAAGUAGAUUACGAGACCAAGCAGUGUCAAUCCGUGCUACCCCUACAAUGCCUACAUAUGUAUCGCCAUUAAUCAAUGGAAGCACGACUAUAGAUCCGUCUGUAAAUGACAUAGAUAACAUACCCGUAGUGGAAAAUGAUAAUGUUGAUACGAGCACAGACCACAACACGAACGAACACGAAGACACUAUAGAUGAAGUUGCACAAAACAAUCGCUCUAAAAUUGGAGAAUUCUUGAACACACGUAUACUCAUAGAUGACGAGGACGAUGAUAAAUCUGUAAUCGAUGCAUCGGUGCUGCAGGAAGAAGAUGAUGAUCUUUGUGAUGCAGAUUUCAGAGAAAAAAGAAUUAUUCAGUGGAUACUAACAGCAGAAACGGGUGACAAAGUGGAGCAGCAAGUAGAGUCAUCGAUCAGUCCUUCGCCAACAAACGGUAGCAGAGAAACUGCAAUUACAGUAAUUUAUAGCGGAUGACAUGAACAAACCAAAUACAUAGUUUGCAAUCGUUUCAGUCAUCAGCAUGCAAAGAAUUUUGCGGAAAGUAUUGAUGCGUAUUACGUCGUAAAAGAAAAUGAGACGACGCAAUAAAGGAACGCUUGACGCAAGAGUCAAGCAUAGAUGAUAGACUAUAUUUUGACUGAUAUCAAGAAUACACUGUGAAAUGCAUAAGCUUCGAAGUUCUAUAUUAGUGUCUUCCUAAAUGGGGCUAUCAUGAAAUCAAUAAUAAAGUACUACACGCCCCAAAAAUGAAAAUGUGUUGUUUUUAAUUAAUAUUUGGACCUUUAAAGUAUGCGCACCAAGAUGGCGCACAACCUGAAGUGCUAUGUGUGUACCGGUUAGGAUUCAGGUUGUACGGCAUCUUGGUGCGCAUAUUUCUGGAGCACCUAAUAUUUUUUCUGAAUUCAUAAUAGUGUUGAUGUCACGUAAUCAUACCCAAUAUGGAAGGAAAAGGAUAUUAUAUUAUCGAACAUCCCGGAGGAAUGAAAUAGUUUUUUUUAUGUUAGGAAGGGAACUCGCUGCAACGUCUCCUUUUGCAAAACAUUAUGUCAAUCAUAUCAUGAUCUUUAUAAAAAUAUCACAGACAAAUCGAAUCCAUCGUCCGGCAGUUUUAUAGGUCUGUGGUUACAAUAGUUCGGUUUGGAAACAACGUAUUCUUAGAAAGCCGACAAUGAACGCUGAAACAACACGUUUGCGCGGGAUCAAACUGGCAAACAAUAAAACAGAAGAUGACGUCUGUUCGUAUGAAUUGUUUAACUUGACCUAGGCGUUCGCGGAAGACUUAACCGCAUUGUUAUGUGAACUAAAGAAAUUGUUGAAUUGGCACAAUCUGCAAUCUUAAAUUUGAUGUUGACAAUUUGGCAUUAUUCGUUCAAACUUCCGCGGCAAUGCGUGCAAAAUGCGGUAAAUAUUAUACGCUCAUCGAUUUCAUUUUUCGUUUUGUAUUGCUAUUUGAAUGAUAUACUGUAGAGCGUAGAGUAUUUCAUCUCGAGAAAAGUAAUAACUUUUGCUUUUAAAACUUCAUAUGAUUAAAUAUUUAAUUAACUUAUAAUAUUCUAAAUGUUGUUGGUGGAAACAAAGCACUUCGUUAUAUUAUAAUAUUCUUUUGAUAUAAUGGAAACCUACGAUAUAAUGCUAAAAAAACAACAUAGUUUCAAGUUUUUCAUUAUUAUACUAUUUCAGAUACCUUGUUAGAUUUUGCUAUAUUUGUGUAGCAGAUACAAGUCUUGGUGGGACUGGUUAUUAUCUCCCCACGAAUUGAAAUUAUUUUAUUUUCGCAAGUUCAACCUUUUUAUUUAAUAAAUUACGAUUAAUUUUUUUUGUUAUUAGCCGACAUUAAAUAUUUCUAUUACAGAUAUGACAUACUGGUGGCGUAGUAAUACAAUAAUAUAUGCAUGCUUACGUUACGUAAAUAAAGGU